AUGCAGCUGCGCUUGGUGGGUAGCAUCCAAGCAACCCAUGAAAGGUGCGCCAAACUCUGUGAGCCGAGACCGGCUCCAACGGUCGACUCCGGACUCCCACGUGGCGAACGUUUGAGGGGCGCACGUUGGGGUCCGGGUGUGGCCGGCGCGCUUCUGGCCGUCAGACGUCAGCAUCUUCGCAGCGGCCGGUCAGCGCGCAGUCAGGCGGUCGAGACUCUCUUCCAAAGCGGCAAAGCGGCGACCAGAUCGGCGCAGGCAGACCCUUUGUGUUGGUUAGAAGAGCUGGAGACCCCAGCGGUGAGAUCCUGGGUCGAGGCGCAGAAUGCGCGGAGCUUGUCCCAGCUGGGCGAUCCCAGGCAUUCUCCGCUCUGGCCGCGGCUCUGCGAGACGGAGACCACCGACACCGAGGCGGAUCCGCUGCGCAAGUUGCCUCAAGCCACCGAGAUCGGAGGCUACUUCUACGACUUUUGGUCGGAUGCCUCCCACGUGCGCGGCGUGUGGCGCCGGACCUCGCUGGAGAGCUUCCUCACCGCGAGUCCGGUGUGGGAGGUGGUUUUGGACCUGGACGAGCUUUGCCGAGCGGAAGGUGAAAGCUAUGUUUGGAGAGGCUUUGACGUGGAGGCGGUGCAGGAGCCGCCGGAGCGUGCGAUGCUGCUGCUCUCGCGCGGUGGGCAGGAUGCCUUCGUGGCGCGGGAGUUCGAUUUGACGCGCCGAGCCUUCGUGGAGGAAGCGGAAGGAGGCUUUGUGGUGCCAGAAGGAAAGAGUGUGGUCUCCUUUUGCUCCAGAGACGUGCUCCUGGUGAGCGGCGAUUUUGGACCUGGCACCCUCACCAACGCUGGAUAUCCUCGCUGCGUGCGAGUCUGGCGAAGAGGCACGCGUCUCACGUCGUCUCCGUUGCUCUUUGAGGGUGAUGCACAUGAUCAUGUGGUCUUCGGCUAUGUGCCCAGCAAAGCUUUGCAAGUGGUGCAGCGCUCCUUGAACUUUCAUGCCGCAGAGUGGUACCUCCGAGAGGGCGACGGCCUCGAGAGACCGUUGCAGAAGCUGCUGGUGCCCCAAGACGCGGAAUUGUCGAUCUUCAAAGAUCUUCUGGUGCUACAUCUUCGUAGCGACUUCCAACACUUUCCUCAAGGAGCUGUGCUUGUUCAAGGUGCCGCAAAAGCACUGGCUGGAGGAGAAUGGCAGCUGCUUUGGGCGCCAGAGAGGGACCAACACCAACGCUCCUCCACACUGCGAAAGCUCGUGGCCACGCGUAGCUUUCUGGUGUUGCAAAUCCUCGACUUGACCCUACAAGGACAGCUCUUGGUGUUCCAGCAUGAUGAGGCUACGCAGCAAUGGCGGCAACACUGGAGUUCAAGCGGCGAUGACAGCUUGGUCUCCCUCUCCGUGCGUGCGGUAUCCUGCCGCUCCGAUGGUCUGUGGCUGGGCCGUGCGGGGUUCCGGCAACCACCGGCCUUGUUCUAUGCCGAGGACAUUGCCCAGUGGAAGGAUGGCAAUUGGCACUGGCUCUUCGAAGGUGGUGGAGCGCGACUGGUGAGACGUUUGCCGCAGCUCUAUGAGGCUGCGCCGGUGGAAGAGAUGCGCUUGGAAGCACGCUCUGCAGACGGCACCUUGGUGCCUUUCACCUGUCUACGCCCUCGCAACUGCGGAGAGGCGCCCCCAACCUUGGUCUAUGCCUAUGGAGGUUUUGGCAUUCCCUUGUUGCCCAACUACAAUGCGAGCAUCGGAGCUGCCUGGUUGGAACGUGGCGGCCAGUACAUCGAGGCCAACCUCCGCGGCGGCGGCGAGUUCGGCCCCGCCUGGGAGCGCGCGGGGCGCGGGGCGCUGGGGCGGCUCAAGGUCUAUGAGGACUUGGAGGCGGUCGCUGAUGAACUGGUGGCCCGAGGGUUGGCAGCACCAGGAGACCUCGCCUUGAUGGGCCGUUCCAAUGGCGGGCUCCUGGUGGCCAACGCGCUCGUGCGCGAGGUGCGCGGUGCGCGCGGUGCGCGGCGCUUCCGCGCCUUCGUGGCGGAGGUGCCGCUGACGGACAUGAGGCACUACCAUACCUGGCUGGCAGGGCAUAGCUGGCUGGAGGAAUAUGGAGAUCCAGAGCAGAAGUGGGAGGAGUUGAGGCAGAUCUCUGCAUAUCACCUGGCUCAAGAGCUUCAGGCGAGAGAGUCAGAGGAUCCACGUGCUCUUCGUGUUCUCUUUACCACCUCCACUCGAGAUGAUCGAGUGCAUCCGUGCCACGCGCGGAAGAUGGUGAAGCUUCUCCAAAGCUUGCAGCUCCCGAACCUCCAGACCUUUCUCUAUGAAAGUCAAGAGGGAGGCCAUGGCGGUGCAGCCUCCAUCGGUGAGCGGGCCCUUCUUCGGACCUUGGAGUACGAAUUCUUGUGGCAGAGCCUUACGAGCUGA